GAACGCCUGCAAAACCUCCGCAAUAUCGGCAUCUCGGCGCACAUCGACAGUGGAAAGACCACACUCACUGAGCGCAUCCUCUAUUACACCGGGCGUAUCGACGCCAUCCACGAAGUGCGGGGAAAAGAUGGGGUUGGCGCCAAAAUGGAUUCCAUGGACCUCGAGCGUGAGAAGGGUAUCACCAUUCAAUCGGCGGCUACCUACACCAAGUGGCGGGAUACGAACAUCAAUAUCAUCGACACACCUGGGCACGUGGACUUCACCGUGGAGGUGGAGCGUGCCCUGCGUGUGCUGGAUGGGGCUGUUCUGGUGUUGUGUAGUGUGGGAGGGGUGCAGAGUCAGACCCUUACGGUAGAUAGACAGAUGAAACGGUAUGACGUGCCUGCCAUCUGCUUUGUGAACAAACUGGAUCGCCCCGGAGGCAAUGCACACAAGAUCGUCGACCAGUUGAGGGCCAAAUUGCACCACAACGCCGCGCUGAUCCAGAUGCCCAUUGGCAUUGAGGAGAACCUGGAGGGCUGUGUGGACCUUAUCCGCAUGGAGUGCCUCAAGCACGAAGGAGAAAACGGUGAGAUCAUCGCCAGAUCACCGGUCACUGCCGACCUCCUGGAGGAAGCGACGCGCCUCAGGCAUGAGCUGAUUGAGUGUGUGUCAAAUGUCGACGAUGAGUUGGCCGAGAUGUUCCUGGAUGAGAUCGACCCCACGCCCGAGCAGUUGUCUGCUGCUAUCCGUAGGGCCACGGUAGUGCGCAAGUUCACGCCAGUGUGUGUAGGGACGGCGCUGAAGAACAAGGGUGUGCAGCCGCUGCUGGAUGUUGUGCUUGAGUUCCUUCCUGCGCCCCACGAAGUAGAGAACUACGCCUUGGAUAUCACCAAUAACGAGGAGAAGGUGUUCAUCGACAGCACAGCCGAGAAGAAGCCGUUGGUUAUGCUGGCCUUCAAGCUGGAGGAGGGCAAGUACGGGCAACUGACAUACAUGCGCGUGUACCAGGGAAAGCUGCGCCGAGGGGAUUUGAUCCAGAACAUCACUGCGUCCGGCAAGAAGAUCAAGGUCUCCCGCCUGGUCCGCAUGCACUCAGACGAGAUGGAGGAAGUCACGGAAAUCGGCUCAGGAGAGAUCUGUGCGCUGUUCGGAAUGGACUGCGCCUCAGGCGAUACAUUUACCGACGGCUCUGUGAAGUAUGCGAUGAGUUCCAUGCACGUGCCCAGCCCUGUAAUCUCACUGGCUGUGGAGCCGACUAACAAGAACGACCAGGAUAAGCUCGGCAAGGCCCUGUCACGUUUUGUUAAGGAGGAUCCCACAUUCCGGGUGCACGUCGAUGACGAAUCCGGGCAAACCAUCGUAUCGGUAAGGAGUUAUGUGGGGAUGGGUGAGCUUCAUCUGGAAGUAUACCUGGAGCGUAUCAAGCGCGAGUACAACUGCUCCGUAAAAUCGGACAAACCCAAGGUCGCCUUCCGCGAAACCCUGGGCAACGCCACCAAGUUUGACUACCUACACAAGAAACAGAGCGGAGGUUCGGGACAGUAUGGACGUAUCAUCGGAGAACUUAUCCCUACCGAGGAACAGGACGGCGAGAACGAGUUUGAGACCAAUACUGUGGGCCAGAAUAUACCUACUGAAUACCUACCUGCCAUUGAGAAGGGGUUUUUCGAGGCGUGCGCUGCUGGGCCGCUUAUUGGGGCACCCGUUACUGGCACAAAGAUGAUUCUCAGAGACGGAGCCGCUCACGCUGUGGAUUCGAAUGAGAUGGCGUUCAAACUGGCGGCUAAGGGCGCCUUCAGAACUGCUAUGGAGGCAGGCGGUGCAAUAAUUCUAGAGCCCAUGAUGAAGCUGGAAGUGUCUGUACCGGACGAGUUCCAGGGUGGUGUAAUGGGAGGCCUUAACAAGCGCAAGGGAAUGAUCAACGAUACUGAUGCCUCGGACGGCUUCUGCACAAUCACUGCGGAGAUCCCAUUAGCUAAUAUGUUCGGCUACUCUAGCGAGUUGCGGUCGAGUACUCAGGUAGGGGUGCACACACGUUCGGGUUUACAGCGAUUGUAG